CCUCUUCCGUUUCUUUGCUGUCAAUAUUCGAAGUCAUAUGUUACAUUAACAUAUGUCUUUAAACUAACUUUUUAAAGUUCACAUUUUAGAUAGCUGAGUUACACUAGUAAUUGAUUGUUAACGAAAGUAAUACUUAAUAGGACUGCGUGAAAAUGAAUGGGGCAAACAACAAUUGUGCAAUCUGGAAGCAGUGCGACAGCGAUAGCGGCGAUAGCGUGUCUACAUUUUCCUCUGCACCACUUUGGAAUCAUAAAGGAGUCAAGUGCGCCUCACUGCUAUCGCAUGAAAUGCAAUCGCUGGAAAAGAAAUUACAACGCAUUAUAUUUAUACAGCAAACGGAUCAAUCGUAUCACUUGGCACUUGACGAUAUUCGUGAUCAGUCCGAAAUCUCUUUGUUGGUGGAGCCCAGUUUUUAUGGACGCCAUUGCAGUACAUCUGUUAUCGCAAUUGCCACAUCGAAUAAUACCUAUAUUUUUGAUGUCCGUGCACUGGGUAAAAUAUUCAAGUCACUGUCGGAGCUGCUGGAAGCAAAAGUUCCUCGCAAAAUAAUGCACUACAGCCAUCGGAUCUGCGAUUUAUUUGCUCAUAAGCACAACAUUAAAAUUGAUGGUAUUUGCGACACUUUCGUUGAGCUGUGUGUGACGCGUCAGGAUCGAGGACUUUGCUCUCUAAGGGAGGCCAUAUCUUUAACAUUGAAUAUACCGAUGUCCGAAUUAACCUGUGAUGAGAUCGAAAGCCCAAGGGAGUCGGUACGGAACUUUACCGGUCGUCCGUUGUCUAAGGAUCAACUUCAGAUCCUGGGAAAGCUUGCCAUAUUGCAACAAAAAUUACACGACAGGCUAAUUUAUGGAAACAUUUGCACUGAGCUGCAGCAAAUGACUACAAACUUUAGUUAUGAAUUCAAAAAACAUUCGAAUUCCACUGAAGAAAUUGCCUUAAAUAUGGCACCUGAAAGCAAAAUAGGAACCGAAUGCAUCAAUCAAUUUUAUUUAAUUUCUACCAAAAUGAGUGACUCCUGAUUUAUUUCUGUUAAUACAUUGUUAUUCGAACUAUGCAUAUAAAAACCUGCACGGACUACAGUAGAAUCCUGUUAUAGCGACUUUCAAGGGACCGUCGUUAUAUCCGGAACACCCACUAUCCAAAAGUUGAAAAAUAAAAUUUUGUUUAUUUUAUGGUAGCCAUAGGUUUUUAAAAUAAAACUAAUUAAUGUUUUAAUCAAUUUAAUUUGUAUGGGAACCCACCAAGUCAUCGAAUUUUCGUCACAAAAACCGGACGGACGCUAUAAGCGGCGUCGUUAUAACCGGAUUCUACCUUAUCUAUAUUUUUGCUUGGCUCCAUUCCAAAAAAAAAAG